AAAACACAAACAGAAGUAAGAAGUAAAUUAAUAUUUUUAAGAAUAUUGAGAUAUAUAAACAUGAUUCGUUGCUUCAGCAUAGCAAGAGUUGCUAGAAAUACUCCCGGAUUAUUGGUAAAGUUUCAAAGUCAGAAAUUUGGAUACAGUAAUGUGAGAAAUUUCAGUCAAAUUAAUCCAGUAGCCAGCACACUUUUUCUCAACACACAUAAAUACAAAACAUUUCAAAUAAACGAUGUUAGAUUUGCGAGUACUGAAGAAAGUGUUGAUUUACUUGAGAAAAUACCGGAACCUCCAGCAAUUCCUGAAUUUGCUACAGAAAAAGUUGUAGAAAGUUUGGCACAAGGAGCAGAACCUGCCUUUUCAACUUUAGGUUUGGGUGGUUGGAGUCCAGUUGGAAUCGUUCAAAAUUGCAUGGAAUAUCUUCACAUAGGCUUAGAUUUGCCAUGGUGGACAGCCAUUAUGAUUGGAACAAUUACUGUUAGGACAAUACUUUUCCCUCUCGUUCUUAUGGCUCAACGAAAUGGAGCUAAGAUGAACAAUAACCUUCCUCAACUACAAGUUCUUCAAUUAAAAAUGACUGAAGCUCGACAUUGCACCAUGCUUUUAACGAUUGAAAUUGGAACUGAUGGAGCUCGAUUAGCAUCAGCUAAUCUUGCAACAAUGAGAUAUGUUCUUCGUGCCCUUCCAUUUCUUAUUUUACCUUUCACAGUGAACUUUCCAGGAGCAAUUCUUACUUAUUGGGCAUUCAGCAACUUCAUUUCACUAAUUCAAGUUGGGGUUCUGAAAGUGCCAGCUGUUCGCGAAUACUUCAAUAUUGAAAAAGCUAUUGUUCAUAAACCAGACGAAUUACCAGUCAAAAAGAAAGGAUUUAGAGAAGGAUUCAAAGAUUCUUGGACAAACAUGAAAAUCACAAAAGAACUUGAAGAUCGAAAACGCCUUGACACAAUGAUGUUUCAAAGAGCUGCAAGAGGUGCUGUUCAAAAAACCUACAAAUAUGAUCCUACAAAGCCGAAACCAUAA